GACUUGACAGCGGCGAGUUUUGAAGGGGAGCGACCCGUCUCAUCGACUCCUCGGACGUAAAGUGAGCAGCGGACGGGAGCACCUGAAUCCCGCGUAUCUGAAUUAGAACCGUAGCCUGUUUGAGUACUAGUUGAGGUACAUUAGACGACUUUAAAAAAAAAAUAAAAAAUACCUUGAAUGUACUCUUAAUAUGUUGAUUAAAAAAAAUAAUUCUCGCUUGCAUAAAACAUUGGAUUAUUUUUUUUUUUCCUGAUUGGAAGUGAAGAAGUGUAGCUAGCUCGCACAGCGGCGGUCGAAGACUCGUGCGUUUAGCUUGUUUGAACUUUGUAUAAAUAUGUAACUGGGACAAAUGAGAUUGUGACAUGGAGCAGUCGGCUACUCUCGACAUAGACACGCUGAAGAUUACCCAGGAGCAGUUUAUCCUUGCAUCCCAGUCCCUUCACCUCCAGCGACCAGGCUGUGAGACUGUCUACCCAGUGGGUCUGUACGGCUGGAGGAAAAGAUGCCUCUAUUUCUUCCUGCUGCUGCUGCUGGUCACCAUGAUAGUUAACCUGGCCCUCACUGUCUGGAUUAUAAAAGUCAUGAAUUUCUCAGUGGAUGGAAUGGGAAACCUCCAUUUGAACCAGGAUGGGAUUCGCCUGGAGGGAAUUUCCGAGUUUCUCCUGCCUCUCUAUGUGAAUGAGAUCCAGUCCAGAAGGGACAGCUUGUUGGUCUUGCGAUCAGAAAGGAACGUGACGCUGAACGCCAGAAACAACCAAAGCCAGCUGACUGGCCAGCUCACAGUGGGACCUGAGGCUGUGGAGGCCCAGUGUCAGAGGCUGGAGGUGCGAAGUAGAGAUGGAGGGAGACUGCUGUUCACUGCAGAUGAGACAGACGUUGUCAUGACAACAGAAAAGUUCACCGUCACAGGCUCCGAAGGCGCUGUGUUUGGACAUUCAGUAGAAACUCCCCUCAUCAAGACGAGAGCUUCUGAAGACCUGAAACUUGAGUCUCCAACACGGACUCUGACCAUGGAAGCUCCCAGGGGGGUCGAAGUGAGUGCUUCCAAGGGGCCGCUGAAGGUCAGCAGUCGAAAGGAUCUGCAGCUGGAGUCAACAGAGGGAGAGAUCCUUUUAGAUGCCAACACCAUACAGCUGGGGAGCCUCCCACUCGGCGUCUACACGGCGUCUCCCAGUCAGGCCUACCAGGAACAGGCCAUAUACGAGGUGUGCGUCUGCCCCAGUGGCAAGAUCUACCUUUCUCCUGCCGAGAGCAGCUCCACCUGCCAGGCCAUGAGCAACACCUGCCUCUGGAGCUGACCUGGGAGACUGGGGAGACCUCAAACAUCCGCUCUCGAGAAGCUGAGUUUGAGACUGCUCCGUCGGGACAUUAGGUGGAGAGUGGAACUCACCUGGGUGGAGGUGGGGGCUCAAAGUCUUCACUGUCUGAGCUGUUUGAGUUCAGAUUAGUACAGUGGCAUCUGAGUCUGAUACCUGCGGUGGUGCACUGGAGGUCAGGACCCACCACUGACAGUGUCUGAGGAAUCGAAUUCAGAGCAGCUCUGAAAUCAGGAAUAUCACACACAAACAAGAACAUCUCUGCUAACGUCGAUUACAGUCAGAAGGCACAACUUUUAUUUUUCUACACUCAGUUCAUUGUACACAUGCAGUGAGCGUUUUUAGGAUUCAGAAAGAAUAAGAAAAGACAAAACACAGGUGCCUUCAGCUGUUAAGGAAGUCCUAUUGAACCUGUCCGUGUCCGGGUCAGAGGUUUCUGAAGUUGUGAUGGUAGAAAGUGAAGUAAGCACAAUUCUGUCAUGUGUUUCCCCCAAAAACCCAGAUUUCAGAUAAUGGCGAGUAUUCUUAAUAGAUAUUUUAGUUUUUUCCACUGUUAGCGGCUGUUUAAUUUGAAAUUAAACAUGUUUUUAUGUGGCACACAUUGUACUUGAAGUUUAACCUUGAUAAAGACGCGUGAAACAA